AUGUGUAAUUGGUACAUCGGCAUGUCGUUCAGCGCUUCCAACGAUUCUCUAAGGUCGUUGCAGUCGAAGAGGCAGAAGGAGAGGGCGACGAUGAGGUGGAGGAGUGAAGCAGGAGCUCCUUCAUACCUCUCAGCUUCACUGACUGAUGUAAACAACAAGUCCGACAGGAAGUCGAUUCAAAGAUGCGUCCAGACCAACGACGGCAGCACUCAGACCUGCGAAGCAUUGCUCGACAACUACAUCUCCGAGAGGUUCAAGGACUUGAACAAGGCAGGAGAUGCUUGUAACACUCAAACUGACCUCACCACCAAGGCAGAAACUAGCGGACCUCCUGUCCCAAGUCAACUCAAGUCGAUUCUCAAGUGCAGACCAGGAGCCCUUGAGGAGACUUUGGAUGAAGUCGACGCGUUCUUAGCGUCCUUGGAGAAAGACGUCUCCUCUGUAUCCGACGACGCGUUCUCUGGGGACGUCAGCCUGAUCUUGGACGAAAGCUGCGAAACAUGCGGAGCCAGCGGCGACGAAGCCUCGAGCAGCAUGUCGAAACCUCCAACAGCGAGCAAGAUAGAUGGCAGCUGCUCAUCGCACGUCAGGUCAAAGUCGAGGUCACCUGCCAGUAUCAAGAAGGAAAGCAGCAAGACUCUCCUCAACUCCACAGUCUCCUCUCGGGGCAAGACUUUGUCGAGCAAUGUCUGCCAGAGAUCAAAGGUUUGGACUCUCGGAAUGUCGCCAUGUGUGAGUGAAGAGUGGUUUCAAACACAGAAGAAGGACAAACAAGAAACGAAGACUGCUGACAGAAGGCAGAAGAGCGUCAAAUGGAAUCAGGAAAUUGUGAAAGUACUCGAGUACUCCGCUGGAACUGAUAGCCCUUCAAACAAGUCUAUGAGGCAGAGCAGGCAGAGCUUUAUCCGAAGUCUCCUGCAAGCUCCCAUCAAAAGAUGCAGCAAGAACGUCAUAGAAGAAGCAGACAAGGGAGAGUCUGACCAAGAAUCUGCUCGCCCUGGCUCAGACGUCAACAACGCGGGGGACAAGCUGAAGAUGCCGAGCAAGAACAUGCUCAAUACGACAAUGAAGAUCCCCUUGACCUCCAUGAAGCUGCCCUUAGACGACAUGGCCGAGGCCACUGUGAUGGGGUUGAACGAGGAGGCAGCGGCAGAGGACCAGGGCAUGUCCAGCGAGGUUUACGAGGGCCUCCAACUGACCCCAUCGAGCUGCGAGGGAGAACAAAGUUUCUUGUGCUCCAGCAGCGACGAACGAUCGUUGCUCCCGCAAGGGAAUAAGAACCUUUCUCAGACCGAGAGGCCGGCCAAGGGCCCGUCGGAGCCGCAGGAUCUCACGGGCCUCUGCCUGUGGCUGACUCUCCGAGCCGCCAUGCAGCUCUCAGUGCAAAAGCGCUAG